GUCCCACUUACCCCUAAUACCGUAGUAUCUCUUCAAGUGGUAUGUAGUUUUCUUCAACCAGCGAUAAGAGACCAGAAAUACAAAUUUUACAUAAUAAAUGCGUGCUCUUAACCAAUUAGAAUCGAAUUUUUAUGAAUGUCAAUGCUUCAAUAUAUCCCACCUAAUGCUUGGCUGGGGAAAAUUAUCACUUGAAGGAACUUGAACCCUGGCACGUAAUUACUAAGGUUCGAGGCUUAUGAAACAGGUUAUUGACUGGGUGCCGUGGUAGCUAAAUAAUUUCCCCUCCCGACCCCCCUUUUUAGAGCGAUACUCUUAUAUACGUCUCGGGCCGCUAGCCACGUGGCAGAUAAACUAGGAAUUCGAUAUUUGUACGGGGCCGGAGUCAUCUUCAGCUGCGUAGGUCCACACCGUUUUGUUUAUAUAUAUAGGAGAGUCCGAAGAGGAUUUCGUUCUUCAAAGCACUACUUACACCGACCAACAAUCCCCUACCUCCGCGCGCCUAAAAAAAAAAAAUUAAGAUAAAACAGCGAAGAGAAACAACAAUGGCUUUUGGCGUCACCACCCCCGAAUUUUCCGAAGGCUGCGCCGUAGUCUUCGGUGGCUCCGGCGGUCUCGGCCGCGCGAGUGCCGGCCUAAUGGCGGAGCGCGGUUCUAACAUUGUUGUCACCUACCGAUCGCGCUCUGCUGAGGCCGAAUCCUUGGUACAGGAGCUACGCAAGCUAGGGCGCCAGGCGAGUGCGGUAGCCUGCGAUGUCACUGAUCGCAAGGCCGUGGAGGCCGUCUUCAAGCACGCCGUGGAAACAUAUAAGCGGGUACACACAGUAGUGUCCGCCGGCGGUCUCGUGUUUGACACAGGCCCGCUGGCUGCAUUCAAGGAGGAGUCCUUUCGCGGCGUCAUCGAGACUGAUGUCUACGGCUUCUACAACAUCGCCCAAGUCGGCGUGCCGAUACUACGUGAAGGCAAAGGCGGCUCGUUCGUGGCCCUAGUCACCAGCGCGGUGAACCGCACCGUGCCAUGCGAUGCGCUCUCGGCCACGCCCAAGGCCGCCGUGGCAAUGAUGGUGCGCCAACUCGCCACCGAAGAGGCCGCUAACGGAAUCCGCGCCAACGCUGUGGGACCCGGCGUUAUCAACGCUGGUAUGGUGCUGCCUAUGAUGGAAACGCCGACACGAGCGCUAUUGGAAGGUGCCACAGCAGUCACGCCUCUGCAGCGCUGGGGAGAGGCUGCCGAAAUCGCCGAGGCAGUCGCGUUCUUAGCCUCUUCUAAGGCGUCCUACAUCACUGGCCAAAUUUUGAUGGUCGACGGCGGCCUCGCAGCAUAAUUCAAAUGGACCUUGCGCGUAUACCAGAUUUGGGCGAGGCUUGCUGUAGCAUGAGUUUGGUCUAUAACGACAGGGGGCGGUUAGAUUAAAGGAAACACGUUAUAGGAUUCGCCUCUAGUUCGACAUUGAAGCCAGACACUAAGACCGCCUCGAGCCCCAAGCGAACACGUCUCUCGCGACCGUGUGAAUCCUGGUUUAUAAACUUCUUCGUUCCAUCCCUGAGUCUCUUAAUAUAAAAAGACUUAAUAUAUAUUAUAUGUAUAUUCCCUCAGCCCUCCAUUUCAAGUCUCGUUGUGAUACGCAGAACACUCUUAAAAACUUAGUAAUAAC